AUUCGCACACAACAAUCGGCUUGAUAAGAUAUAUGCUGAUAAAGCCAACUUGGUGGUCGCUAUUAAAUCGUAAGAGAGCAGCUGUUAGUGUCUAAAUAAAUUCGUAAGUUCUAAUAGUAAAUCAAGCCUCUAUCGAAAUGAACGCAGCACUAAGGAGUCGGCAACUUUUCCAAAGUAAUUGCAUUUUGAAGAUUUGCGGACAGCAAAUUUCCGCUUCAGCGACACUUCCCAAACCAGUACAAACCAGUGAAAGCGCGAAGCCAAUACUUUAUUCCUAUUGGCACAGUUCCUGCUCGUGGCGUGUACGCAUUGCGCUCAACUGGAAGAAUAUACCAUAUGAGACGCGUGCCGUCAAUUUACUUAAGCCGGGCGGUGAGCAACUUGCCGCAGAAUAUCGCGCGAUUAAUCCAACGGCGCAGGUGCCAACACUACUCAUAGAUGGCCAUAGCAUCAUUGAGUCCAUUGCCAUUCUGCAUUAUUUGGAGGAGACGCGUCCACUGCCAGCCCUGCUGCCGCAAGAUGCGCACCAACGCGCUCAGGUGCGUGAGAUUGUAGAAGUUAUAGCCUCAGGCAUACAGCCAUUACAAAAUCUGAAAGUGCAGAAGUAUGUCGGUAAGGAGAAGCGCAAGGAGUGGGCACAGCAUUGGAUCAAUUGCGGUUUUCGUGCAUUGGAACAAAGACUCUCCACUUCGGCGGGCAAAUAUUGUGUGGGCGAUGAGGUUUCCAUGGCCGAUUGCUGUCUGCUGCCACAGGUCUUCAAUGCCAGAAAAUCUGACGUUGAUAUACGACAAUAUCCGAUUAUUUCACGCAUCGAAGGUGAAUUGGAGACGGUUCCAGCCUUUAUCGCUGCCCAUCCAACCAACCAACCGGACUGUCCGACGGAGUUAUCUGGUAGAUAAGAUUUUGCGUAGUCGAAGAUAUACAAAUACACUGCAAAAAAUUGUUAUUGUGACGCCGUUAUGUUUAGCGUAUACUUGUCUAUGUACGUUAUUCUGGAAAUAAAAUUGAUCCUAUU